CGGGCAGCCCUGACCGUGUGCGUGUGCUAGGCGGCCGGGGCGCCGUGGAGGAGGACGACGACCCGCCAGAGCUGUCAGACAGCGGCGACGAGGCCGCCUGGGAGGACGCGGACGAGGACGAGGCGGGCCCGCCCCACGACAAGCAGCCGACCCCCUGCCUGUUCUGUGACAGGUUGUUUACAUCUGCUGAAGAAACAUUUUCACACUGUAAGUCUGAGCAUCAAUUUAGUAUUGAUAACAUGGUCCAUAAACAUGGACUUGAAUUUUAUGGAUACAUUAAACUAAUAAAUUUUAUUAGACUUAAGAAUCCUACAGUUGAGUAUAUGAAUUCUAUAUACAACCCAGUGCCUUGGGAGAAAGAAGAGUAUUUGAAGCCAGUAUUAGAAGAUGACCUUUUACUUCAAUUUGAUGUAGAAGAUCUUUAUGAACCGGUGUCAGUCCAGUUCUCGUACCCCAAUGGACUCAGUGAUAACACAUGUGCUGUUGAAAAAUUGAAACAUAUGGAAGCCAGGGCACUGUCUGCUGAAGCUGCGUUAGCUAGAGCACGUGAGGAUCUACAAAAAAUGAAACAAUUUGCUCAGGAUUUUGUGAUGAACGCAGAUGUCAGAAGCUGCUCGUCAUCUACUACUGCCAUUGCAGACCUCCAGGAGGAUGAGGAUGGUGUUUAUUUCAGCUCAUACGGGCAUUAUGGGAUACAUGAAGAAAUGCUAAAGGACAAAGUACGAACAGAAAGUUACCGAGAUUUUAUAUACCAAAACCCACAUAUCUUCAAAGACAAGGUAGUUUUGGAUGUUGGUUGUGGAACUGGAAUUCUUUCUCUGUUUGCUGCUAAAGCUGGGGCAAAGAAGGUUCUUGGAGUUGAUCAAUCUGAAAUACUUUACCAGGCAAUGGAUAUCAUAAGACUAAAUAAACUUGAAGAUACUAUUAUACUAAUUAAAGGAAAGAUUGAAGAAGUUCGUCUUCCUGUAGAAAAAGUGGAUGUUAUUAUAUCCGAGUGGAUGGGCUAUUUUCUUCUUUUUGAGUCUAUGUUAGAUUCUGUCCUUUAUGCAAAGAACAAAUACUUGGCAAAAGGAGGAUCGGUCUACCCUGAUAUUUGCACCAUCAGCCUUGUGGCAGUAAGUGACAUGGAUAAGCAUGCUGAUAGAAUUGCUUUUUGGGAUGAUGUCUAUGGCUUCAACAUGUCCUGCAUGAAAAAAGCAGUUAUUCCAGAAGCUAUUGUGGAGAUUUUAGAUCCGAAGACUCUUAUUUCAGACCCUUGUAGUGUUAAGCAUAUAGAUUGCCAUACGACAUCUGUCUCAGAUUUGGAGUUUUCUUCAGAUUUUACCCUGAAAAUCACAAAGACAUCCUUGUGCACGGCAGUUGCUGGCUACUUUGAUAUAUAUUUUGAGAAGAAUUGCCACAACAGAGUCGUGUUCUCUACGGGCCCCCAGAGUACCAAAACACACUGGAAACAAACAAUAUUUCUGUUGGAAAAGCCAUUUUCAGUUAAAGCAGGUGAAACCUUGAAAGGAAAAAUCACAGUCCACAAGAAUAAGAAAGAUCCGCGUUCUCUCAUUGUGACCCUCACAUUGAACAAUUCAGUUCAGACUUACAGUCUCCAGUGAAGAGGCCACAACAGCACACUAACUUGCUGUUUGUAUUGUGGGGGUGGGAUGGGUAGGAGGUGCAGAGAGGGGUUUUAUGUGAGCACAUGGAUGAUGGGUCCUUUCCUAAUGAGUCCCCUCAGUAUGGAGAAGCGUGGUAGGAAUCUGAUGUAAUUCAGCUAAGGAAGAAGAGCCACUGGUCCUAGUGGUCCACCUGCAUGAUCACUUUCCCAGAAGUCUGGUCAGCAAGAUAAAACCAAGUGUAACUCCUCCAUUGAGUUUAGCUAUAUUGAAAAUCAUUUAAAUUGGCCUAAAUUUGGAGCAGAGGUAGUCUUCUGUUGUUUUUAAUAAGUUUCUUACUAUAAAUUUUAAACACUGGUAAUUGAUUAGUUAUUUGGAUGCCGUUUUAUUAUGCUAGUAACUGUAUACAAGGUGUUACGUCUUAUUGCAGGUUUCCUCUCUGAGGGAGAGGACUUGUUUGUAUUAUUUGCUGGAAUAUCAGGAUGUAAUAGAUGAAAGAGCAAGUGUAAGGGACUGAAGUAUGGAAAGGAGAGCAUCCCACAAAUCGUCUUUGAAGACAGCUUGGUUGAUUAUCCUGUAGUUCUGUACCUUUCAUUUUAUAGCUUCUUCCCUCUUUGCAAAUAUUCUUUAGACAUAUAAUUUUCUAGUAUUGCCCAGGAAAUCUAAUUUUAAUACCUUUUAUCCUAGGUUUCAUAAAAGUUUUUAAAGAUUGGGAUAAAUAUGUACUUAUUUACUAAUGUAAUACCUUUUUCAAACUAGAUUUAUGUGCAGAGUUAAACUUGUAACUGUUAAUAUAUCAUUCUGUACAAUUGUGUCAAUUACAAUUAUUGAUUCGGUUUGAAAUGCAGAAUAGAAAAACAUUCAAUAAAAUGUAU